AUGUUCCAGGCUCCUGUUGUGCCUCGCUUGAGGAAACGGUCUAGGGCAGCGGAAGCCGGCAUCCCCAGGCAUGAAGAGGUGAAAUUUGAGGAUGUCAGACUGUACCUGGUGGAGAAGAAAAUGGGCCGCAGCAGGAGAAGCUUUCUGACCCAGCUGGCCAGGUCAAAGGGCUUUAUUGUGGACGACGUCCUCAGCGAUAAGGUCACUCAUGUGGUGUCAGAGGACAGUCAGGCUUCAUCCCUGUGGGCAUGGCUGAAUGGGUGUGGCCUGAAGAAUCUAUCCAUGAUGCAGGUGUUGGACAUCAGCUGGUUCACUGACAGCAUGGGAGCGGGGAGACCUGUCGCUGUGGAAACCAGACACCUCAUUCAGGACACCUUGCCCACAUUGCCAGAAGGUUCUCCACCCACUGCUGUGGCCACAGUCUCUCAAUACGCCUGCCAGAGACGGACAACUAUAGAAAACAACAACAAGAUUUUCACAGAUGCUUUUGAAGUGCUUGCUGAGAGCUAUGAAUUCAAUGAGAACGAAGGUCCAUGUCUGGCCUUCAGGAGAGCUGCUUCUGUCCUGAAGAGUCUGCCCUGGGCGGUGGAGUGCCUGGGGGCCACUGAGGACCUGCCAUGCCUGGGGGAUCACACUAAGGCAGUCAUGGAGGAGAUCCUUCUAUAUGGCCGUUCGUUUGAAGUUGAGAGCAUACUUUCUAAUGAGAGGUAUCAAAUGUUAAAGCUGUUCACAAGUGUGUUUGGGGUUGGACCUAAGACGGCGGAGAAGUGGUACCGCAGAGGGCUCCGCUCAUUCAGUGACAUUCUGGCAGAGCCCAGCAUUCAACUCAACCGGAUGCAGCAAACCGGUUUUCUGCAUUAUGGAGACAUCUCCAGGGCUGUCAGCAAAGCGGAGGCCCGAGCCCUGGGGAACAUUAUUGACGAAGCUGUCCACGCGAUCACGCCGGACGCCAUACUAGCACUGACAGGUGGCUUUCGCAGGGGGAAGGAGUUCGGCCACGACGUCGACUUUAUCGUGACCGCACUCGAGCUGGGGAAGGAGGAGAGUCUGCUCCUAGACAUUAUCGAUAGACUGAAACAUCAUGGUAUCCUCCUCUACUGUGAAUACCAGGCCUCCACCUUCGAUAUAUCAAAGCUUCCCAGUCACAAGUUUGAGGCCAUGGACCACUUUGCGAAGUGCUUCCUGAUCUUGCGUUUGGAGGGCAGCCAAGUAGACGGAGGUCUCAACAUUGCUGAGGGGGACAGCAGGGGCUGGAGGGGCGUACGCGUGGACUUAGUGUCGCCGCCGGUGGAUCGUUACGCCUAUGCUCUGCUGGGCUGGACCGGAUCCAGGCAGUUUGAGAGAGACCUGAGGAGGUACGCUCGAUCUGAGAGGCGGAUGCUUUUGGACAACCACGCCCUGUACGACAAAAAAAAGAAAGAGUUCCUGGCAGCUACGACUGAAAAGGACAUCUUUGCCCAUCUGGGUCUAGAGUACAUUGAGCCUUGGCAGAGAAAUGCGUAG